AUGAUCCGCUACCCGCAACAUAGACCGGAAGGUCUCGUGGUGGACGCAACCGGAAAAGUCGAGCUUUCCAACUUGAUGUCCGCAUGGGCGAGUGCCGAAGGCUUAACGGAGACCCACAUCUUGGACACUGUCGAGGCGCACAAGUGGCAAGACACAGAGACAAUGACGCCACGCUACUCGUUGCUUGGAGAAGACGGCUCCUUCCAGAUUCGCGUCCACAAGCCUCGGAGGGAGUCGCAGCAGCGAAAAAGUAUGCCGUCGAAACCCAGGAGCACCUGGCUCGUCAAGUCGGAGGGGGACGAAGACAGGAGAAGGAAGGGAAAGUUCACGAGAGUUAAGUCGGAGGUGAAUGGAAAGAAGAGUACGGAGGAUCCCGAAGCCUGGGACUCUGAGGGAAAAGAGGAUGACGAGGAUUGGCCGGGGUACUGGGCUAAGAAGGAGACUGCAGAUGAGUGA